AUGGCAGCGAGCAGUCGAAUAGGUCAGCCAUUGAAGGUGGCCACCAGAGUGCUUCUGCCACGAUCUCGGCCAGUCUUUACCACACAAACCCCUAGUCUUCAGCGAAGAGCAAUAAGCACUUACGGCUAUACACAAGCGAAAGCUCUCGUGUUCUCCAAGUAUGGCGAGCCACAGGAUGUCCUAUCACUUCAUGGCCAUUCCAUCUCCCCUGCCGCCGGUACUAACGUUGUCGUUCGCAUGCUGGUGGCUCCCAUAAAUCCAGCCGAUAUCAAUCAAAUACAAGGCGUAUAUCCCUCCAAACCCAACAUGAGUACUGCCCUCGGUACCUCGGAACCCUCUGCUGUGGCUGGAAAUGAAGGGGUGGCAGAAGUAAUAAGCACAGGAUCUGGGGUAAAGAGUUUGAGCAAAGGCGACUGGGUCAUCAUGAAACAUGUCUCCCAGGGUACGUGGCGGACACACAUGGACAUUGACGAGAGCAGACUCAUAAAAAUCGAUAACAAGGAGGGCCUGACACCUUUACAAGUCGGUACCGUCUCAGUCAAUCCAUGUACUGCCUAUCGCAUGUUACUGGACUCCGCGAAAUGGAGCUUUCGUGGAGAUGAGUGGUUCAUUCAAAACGGUGCCAACAGCGGCGUGGGUCGAGCGGCGAUACAACUCGGUAGGGAAUGGGGUUUCAAAAGUAUCAAUGUCAUUCGAGGACGCGAAGAUAAGGACGAAGAGCAGAAACUUCGCCAAGAACUACUUGAUAUUGGAGCUACGAAAGUGAUCACUGAAGAAGAACUUCAAAGUCGCGAAAUCAGGGACCAGAUCAAGGAAUGGACCAAUGGGGGCCGUGAAGAAGUCAAAGUCGGCCUCAACUGUGUUGGAGGCAAGCCAGCGACGGCACUUGCCAAGUUCUUGAGUCCUGGUGCGACAAUGGUAACAUAUGGAGCCAUGAGCAAACAACCCGUCAUAUUACCUGCAUCACUACUGAUCUUCAAGGAGAUCUCAUUCAAUGGCUUUUGGGUCAGCAAGUGGAGUGAUAGGCAUCCCGAUCAAAAGAAACAGACUGUUGAAGAUGUUCUGAAAUUGACACGGGAAGGAAAAUUCAAAGACAUUCCAGUACAAGAGUGCAAUUGGGGCUGGAAAACGGAUGCCGAAACUCUGAAGAAGGCCGUUCAAGGCACGUUGGGUGGCUUCCGAGCAGGGAAAGGAGUGUUCGUUUUUGAAGAAACCUGA